AUGCAGAACAUCUUUAAAGAUGACUCAGAAACUGUGUAUGUUUUCAGACUCUGUCAGUAUCCACAGGAAAUUGUUCUGCAGUUGGUGGAAAGAUGUCGAAUACGAAAACUACAGUUGCUUGCUCACCAAUAUAUGAUUUCAAGCAAAAUUGAGUUCUACAUCAGUGAAAAUUUGCCUGAAUACUUUGCUCCUUAUCAGUCAGAGAGGUUUCACAGACUAGGUUACGUCCCUCUCUCAGAUAAUGAAAAGACUGGAUUUAAAGCACGAGAGUUAAAAUCCGUAUACAUGGAUGCAGUUGGCCAGUACCUAAAGCUGAUUUUCCACAAGAAUUAUGUCAAUAAAUACAACCUAUACAGUCAAGUUGCCCUAGUAGCGAUAAAUAUCAUUGGAGAACCUGCAGACUACAGUAAUGACAGCAAUAAUAAUACUUCAAGAGAGAAGCUGAUAGACCACUACUUAGGAAUCAAAUCAGAUGAUCCAGCCUUGGAUGGAACAUACUUCGGGAAGCCUGACUCCAUUUCACCUCUGGAUGAUUUGGCUUUUGACAUGUACCAAGAUCCAGAAGUUGCUCAGAUAAUCCGCAGGCUUGAUGAGAAGAAGCGCGAGGCUGUCCGUCAGGAGCGCUACGAUUACGCCAAGAAACUCAAACAAGCUAUCGCAGACCUGCAAAAGGUAGGGGAACGACUUGGACGGUAUGAGGUAGAGAAACGCUAUGCUGUGGAGAAGGAGGAUUAUGAUCUUGCUAAAAAGAAGAAACAGCAAAUGGAAGAGUAUCGCCUGAAAGUGUACCAGCAACUGGAGCUGCAUGACCUUCUGGAUCCAGAGCUGAUGGUUCAAAGACCACCUGAGUUGCCUUUGGAGCCUGUGAUUUGUGCUGGUAGUUCUCAGCACACAAAAGCCAUAAAUUCACCUCCUCAUGAGAAAACAGAGCCACAGGAAGGCGAGUCACGGAAAGCAGAGCCUUUGCUGGAAGAGAAGGCAGCAAAGUGCACUUCUCCGGAGCCCACUGCUCCCCACCAAUCUCCUCCUGUGGCUCAUCCCUCAGGGGAAGAGUUUCCUAAGGAUAAUGUUGAGUUUUUACCUUAUGAUGAAAGACCUCUUCCAGCUAUCCGUAAACAGCCCGAGGAAGGAAUUGCAUCCCUGGAGCCCGAGACCACCGAGGAGGGUGGCAGGGACACUCCAAGAAGCGGCAUUGCCGGCGAGCCGGAACCGUUAACGGAGAAGGCACUGAGGGAGGCCAGCCCUGCUGUCGAAGUCUUUGGAGAAGCCUUGGUUUCAGGAGCAUAUUCCAAGACAUGGUCGUAUCGGGAGGAUGCGUUGCUUGCUGUGCAUAAGAAGCUGACAGACAUGUCAGUGAGCACUCCGAAGGAGGAUUUAAAGAACAUGCUGAGGGCUGCCAUUUUCCUUGUAAGGAGAGCCAUAAAAGACAUUGUGUCUUCAGUUUUUCAAGCUUCCCUGAAACUUCUAAAAAUGAUUAUUACACAAUAUAUACCGAAGCAUAAAUUAGGAAAACUAGAAACUUCGCAUUGUGUGGAAAAAACACUUCCAAGUUUGCUUUCCAGAACAGGAGACUCUUCAACCCGUCUUCGUCUCAUGGCUUCUAACUUUAUUCAGGAAAUGGCCCUGUGUAAUGAAGUUAAACCUCUGCAGAUUGUUCCAGUUCAUUUGGUUCAGCCACUAAAGCCGACUUCCCCAACGCAUCUGGCAAUGAGUCAGGUGGAGUUAGUGGAAAAACUUUUGAAAGAAAUGGGAACCGAGAACUCCGGCUUUACCAUUGACAACAUCAUGAAGUUUGCAACAGGCGCUUUGGAACACAGAGUCUGUGAAGUGCGUGAUACAGCGUUGCGGAUCAUCUUUGAUAUGUAUAGGAAGCACAAGGCUGCUAUAUUGGAGUAUCUUCCUCCAGAUGAUGCAAACACUCGCAAGGCUGUUCUCUAUAAAACACUUUUUGAUGGAUUUAAUAAAAUAGAUGGGAAACUUACUGAAGCUGAAAUUAGGGCACAGAAAAAGGCAGCCACAGAAGAAGCAGAGAAACAGAAGCUGGACGAAAUUAAAGUUCUGCAAGGGCAGCUGGCAGCUUUAAAGGAGAUACAAGCAGAAGUUCAAGCUGGAAAGGAAAAAGAAUCUGAUUUUCAGAAGUCGGAGAAUCAAAGCCGUCGGGUAAAUGAAAGGCCACAGCAUGCAGCAGCUGAGAUUCCAGACGAUUGUUCCUCUGUGUCAAAUUAUUUAGAUAACUUAUGCAUUUUUUGCGGUGAGAGGGAUGAAUCCUUCACAGAGGAAGGAUUGGAUCUGCAUUACUGGAAGCAUUGUCCUAUGUUAACCAGAUGUGAGCACUGCAAACAGGUGGUUGAAAUAGCAAGCCUGACGGAGCACCUGCUGACCGAGUGUGACAAAAAGGACAACUUUGGGAAAUGUCAGCGCUGUACAGAGGCCCUUCCAAAAGAUGAGUUACCCAAACACAUUAAGAGCAAGACUUGCAAUUCUGCCAAACCAGAACAAGUGGCAAACCAUUGCCCACUGUGUCAUGACAACUUUUCCCCAGGGGAAGAGGCCUGGAAAUCUCACUUAAUGGGCAAAGAUGGCUGUAGAAUGAAUCUUCGGAGGUUGCCCGUAAUAAACAAACUUUUUCCAGCGCAGUCAGGCAAAACAGGUGGCCUGUAUUUAAUGAAAAUGGGUCCUUCAGGAGCCAAGGCUCGAUCUCCCUCUGUAGGAAGCAAGAUCCCAACCCCAAGGCUGGGCCCGAGUAAAAGCACUGGCAAAACGUACUCAAAGCGAUGA